CUGCUGCCUGUUGAUGGUGGGGAUCGAAGAUAUAAAACCAACCGUACCGAUGGCGCCAACACUUUAAUCGUUACCUAUACCGUGCGCCGUCACAAUCGUCUCGCAGUCGACCGGUCUUCUCUAGGACUUUCCACAGGUCUCAUCAUGAAGGUUGCUAUCUGCCUGUUCGCCGUCAUCUGCCUGGCUCUGGCCGCUCCCCAGCGCGACGGAGGUGCCCUCACCGAUGAAGCGAUCCGGCAGGCACAGUCCCAGCAGCUGAUCCCCCAGGACGCCCAGAUCCAGGGUGUGCAGCAGGGUAUUCAGGUGGCCGCCCUCGAAUCCAUCCCCGGCAGCCAGCGUGUCGAUCUGUUCCAGCUGCUCGGAGAUCAGGUACCGCGUGAGGUCAUCUCCAACCUGCAGUCGCAGGUGGAUCAGGUUGGCCAGAACUAAGGACCGCCGAAGGCACCCCCCAAUCUGGAGCGUCACCUACCUUCUAUCUACGAUCUUUCCUGAGCACUUCACAAGCUCCAACAAGUUUCGUGGCGCAUCCCUCCGGACUCUACUUCCAACGCUCCAAGAUGACACUCCGCAGGUCCGGGGGGGAACUCUACCACCAGGCAGCGGGAAUGCGAAACCAAUUCUAUAUGGCCGAGAAGCUGGCUAUUCUUCCACGAAGGUGCCAACCGCAAAGCUCUGCCCCUAAUGUAUAAGACCGCUUUUCGUACAUUUGUACUACGAAAAUGGGUUGUGUGCGUGCGUGCGUGUUUGUUUUUUUUAUUAUGUUACAAAUGUUGACUUUUUAAACUUAAUUAGCGAGAGAAAGAGGGAGAUAGAGAGGAAAAAAAGCAAAAACGACAAGAGACGAGGGAACAAAAUAUUGAAAUGAAACAACAAUAAUAACAACAACACCGUUCAAACAA